AAAUGACAGCGAUAUACGGAAAGACAGCAGAAACUCGAUGCCAAACCUAUCGAUAAUAAGCGUCAAAUAUAACAACACUGUCUAAAAAAUGUGUGAACAGCUGUUCAUUAGAAAUAAACAAUAAAAAUUCUGAGAGCGAAAAAUUGUUUAAAAAUACAGAAAUAAUGCAAAGCUUACGUGAUUUAAUAAUACAGCAAUAAAGCAAAGCUUACGUGAUCUAUGUAUAUUUUGUUCUUAUAUUCUUUAUGCGCAUAAGUUUUAGUAGUUGAUUAUCAAAGGAUCUGUAUUCAUUUUAACAUUUUAUUUAGAAUUAUCAACAAUGCCUCUACGUCGAUGUUUUGCUGGUUGUCCACUGCGUAGUGCCGUAUUGUACCCAUUUCCACCGAAAACAGAUGUAGCCAGACGUGAUCUCUGGAUACGACAAUUUGGUAAAGUGCCAGAACAAUUUCCACAGAAAAAUUUGUACGUAUGCCGGCGACAUUUCACCUCCCGCAUGACAUUUAGUAGACUACUGCGUAAAAACGCAUAUCCCGAUGUAAACUUGUCGCCAUACAAUAAAGAUGAACCCUAUACAGAACUUUACAGUUACUACAAAUCGGAUGGGAAACCCGAUCCUCUCCUGCAUGAUAAUUUUUGCGAUGAAUGGUUGCUACCACCGGAAGAUUGCGACUUAGAAUUAGAAUUCGCAUCCAUAACACAUAUAUUGCCAAUUUCCGAAGAACGUGCACACUCCGAAGACAAUGCCAGCGACACUACACAAAGCGCAGAUGAACAAGAGGAACCGCCGCCAAUGGAAGAAAAGCCUGUAAAAUACAAACGUAAAAGAAAGUGCAUACUACAAUGUGUAGGUAGACGUUCGUUACACAUACUGCCAUCAAUCGAAACCGAGUUGGAAAGGCGCGAAAAAUGGCUAUACUUGUUGGGCAAGGAUCCAGCUUUAUAUACCGAAAAACGCAUUUUCGUUUGUGAUCAACACUUCGACAUACACAUGAUAGGACUUUCGAAAUUGAUACGUGGCGCUUAUCCGAAUAAAAAUUUGCCGCCACCGCUAAUUAAAUCAAUACCAGAAAAGUUGGAGGCGCAUACAGCGUGCGUACAAAAGUGUACGGAUUAUAGGAGAAAGUACCAAUUUCCAAUGAAGGAUGCAAAAAUGCGCGAAACGUGGUUACAGAAAUUCGGUCGCAGUCCUGAGUUGUACAAGCACAAUUUGUACGCUUGUGAUCGUCAUUUUAGUGAAGAAAUGCGUGUGGGGCCAUAUUUACAAGCGCACGCCAUACCAGAUCAAAAUUUGGAACUCCAAACACAGCAGCAGUACACCACUAGUAGUGACGUGUGUAAAAAUUGGUCGCUACAAAGAUUAGACGCCUUAACGUUUGAGGUGACAAUAUCUACUACAACUACAACACAAACACCAACUGCAACAACAACUAAAAUGCCUACAGCAACUACUACAAUAAUGUUGUCGCCAAAUGGUACAUCAACUACAAUGUUUUCACCAACUAGUGCAACAACAACAAUGAUUUCUCCGCCUCUUCCCAUAAAAAUAAUGCAUUCACCAGCUCAAAUUUCACCACAAACUCCAACAUUUGACCAAACAACACAUGAUUCGAACAUUCCUUAUCAAACAGAAGUGACCGUUGCGCCAACUGCUAGUCAAAAUCCACCAAAAUCAGUAGACUAUGUAAAAAUACGUUCAUUAGGUGUAUUUCUACAACAUAAAGACGGUUAUGUGGUAUCAAUGAAACAAAUUUUAGAAGCAACUGAUCCCUUGGACUGUAAUAAAUAUCAGCCAUCGGUUUGGACUGAACCAAUCGAACCGAAACUAAACAUAAAAGUGCAUCCAAUACCAAAAGAGAUCUAUGAGGGCUACGAUGAGCUGAGUGAGGAUGAGACUAGCAGGUCAGCAAGUCCCAUGGAUAUGGAUUAUACAGUUGAAGAGAGUAGUGAUUGGUAUGCACCAGUAUACAACAUAAAGCGAAAUGAUUCAGGUUACACCACAGUGAAAAUGUCGAAAUUUACGCAUACAGCUGAUGAACAGCAAAAUAACAGUGAAUUUUGGGGGCGUGAAGACAGUUACGAUAACUGUAAAAAUACUGAAGAUGGACCAAUAUACAAUAUAAAGCGUAGGAAUUUCGAUUACGAUUAUGCCACGGCGAAAAAGGUGAAAUUUAGUGUGCCGCAAAAUGUUGAAGAAUUAUGGGGGCGUGAGGACAACUACGAAUAUCACAAAAAUGACAGCGCUAACACAGCUGUCUUGAGCAACUUUAGUGGUGACGACGUAAACGAAGCGGGCGCUGGAAACGCCGUAAUGGAAUAUCCUGUAUUAGACCAUUUGGUCGAAAGUUAUCCUACCGAAAACAUCUCUGUAUUGUUAGGCAGAAAGAAUAAAGUAGUCAAAUAUAAAACAGUUGGGGCAAGCAAAGAUGAUGGUGAUGAUGACGAUCUAAUAAUACCCGAUGAGCCACUUGAUACCGACAAAGUGUCGACACAAAAGAAAGCAGUUACCUUUAAUAAGCAUGUAAUAACGGUACAACGAAAACAACCACCUAACAGAACAAACUUUAAUAAAAAUGUAAUAACAGCACAACCGAAGCCGCUACAACAACAACAACAACAACAUAACACAACAAACUUUAAUAAAACUGUAAUAACGGCACAACCGCAACAACAACAACAAAACACAAAUGCAUUAACAAAAGCAGUCGCUUUGGCCGAGAGUUGGCAGCAAGUGGUGCAGACCAUGCAACAGGUGCCGAGUAUAAAUGUGGCCACGACUGGUGUGAGCAACAACACACAGCAACAGCAGCAGCCUGAUGCCUUUGCUUUGGCGGCAAGAAAGCUAGUUGAGCAAAUAAAACAAGCCGGUGAAAGGGAAAAACUCAACAUUCAACAAAAUGGAAUUGCCGGCAAUUUAAUGGCAGCUGGCAACAAACAAAUAAUGAGACAGAUUGCUAAUACAACAACAACAACAACAACAACAACAAAAAUUGUUAAUAAAGACAAUCCGAACGCUUUCCGCAUUACCAACGUGGAGAUAAUAAACCCGAAGCAAUCGUUAAUUAGUGGAAAACCCGCGGCUCUGGAUGAUACUAAACGUGCAAAAAUAACAAACGUACGAAUAAUAAACAGCAAGCAGGCAACCACUGCAGCUAACGGUAAUAAAGUGAGAUUUUCGGACAUGGGAACGCAACAAACACAGAAAAAUCGAAAAGAAAUUAUGCAGAAAAUGAUCAAUUCGGCAGCAACAAACUCGACAAGAACAGCAGCAACAAAUACAACAACAUUUGAAGAUUAUUUGGCGCUAACACACAAGAAAACCGCAUCCAGGCAUAAUACAAUCGACGAUUUAUUGGCCAAAGCUAAGCGUAUAAUAAAGGCAAAAACCACUGAAAAGCCUAAAAACAACAACAAAUCGACAUUAUGUAAUACACAAGACGAUGUUGAGGACGAAUUGCCGCAGCAACCCGAAGCAGCAAAAAGUUUGGCGCCAACAACAACAACUCACGUAAUCGCUGAUAACGUUGCAACAGCGCCAUCUUGUGUUUUGGAAUGCGCACAUUUUCGCAAACUCUACGAAUUUCCCACACCCGACGAGCAAACCCUGCAACGCCAUUUUUGGUUCAUACAACUCGGUUUGGAUAUAGCGUCCGGUUGGCGUAAAAACUUGUUUAUAUGCGAGAAACACUUCGAUGACACGAUGUUGCUGCCACCGGACAAUACGCUCAAUGAGUACGCCUACCCGUGCCAGUCGUUGAUGCGACAACUGAAUAAGCCCACCGCCACAGUGGGUACACAAACGUGCGAUGACGUCGUGCAGUAUAAACAGCGGUUAUUCGAUCAGUUGGAGCUGUUACAGGAUGCGGUGCGCAAGCAGCGCUUAGAAAUGAAACGCGUGCAAGUGCUGAUACGUCUCAAGCAGGAGGCGGUGCGUUUGGUGGCCGAAAUUGAGGAGGAGAAAAAUGCUCCGAAACUGUUGACUAUUCGCGAUAAAAAAUAAUUAUUUAUAUUAUUGUAAUAAAUAAUUAUUUAAAUUAAAUUAAAUUUAAGCAUAUAUGCACAUUAGGGUGGCCCUUAGUUGUAUGGAGGAUAAAAAAAGUUUCUGGAUUCUCGAUCGCACCCCCUAGAAAUAGGCGAAUAGCCCAAAAACUAGUAUAUACAAAGUUUUGGGUCAAUCAAAAAAGGUUUAGAGGUUGCGCAAGGAGCUUGAAAUCCUGAAAAAAUAUAAAUUUUUGCCAUUUUUAUGUCUCAGACUUCCAUAUUUCAAAGUCACACUAUCCCUUACUGGUUUUCCAUACCGUAAUAAGAUAAUAAGAAUAACAUUAGAACCGUUAUAACGGUAUAUCACGAGCAUGCGACGCUUGAGAAUGCGCCACAUUAAAUUUACUUUCAUAUUUGUAUUUCUGUAACUCUAUCAUCAAUCGACCGAUUUUUAAGACUGUGGUAAUUUUGGAAAGGUAAUAAAAUGCAGAUCUUAUUACGGUAUGGAAACCAGAUAGUGUGGCUUUGAAAUAUGGAGACAUAAAAAUGGCAAAAAUUCUUAAUUUUUCAGGAUUUCAAGCUCCUUGCGCAACCUCUAAACCUUUUUUGAUUGACCCAAAAUUUUGUAUAUACUAGUUUUUGGGCUAUUUGCAUAUCUCUAGGGGGUGCGUAAUUCUGUAAUUUUUUUUUGUUGAGACAUAUUAAAUUUUAAUUUUUCAAAUUAUUAAUUUUUUGUUUUGCAAAAAUAUAAACCUUUUAAAUUUGAUUUUAUUCUUGCUAUUUAUUGAUAUUUUAUAAAAAUCUGGCUACAAAUUAACUUUAAUUUAAACAGUCCUCAAUCGAGAGAAUGCUUGAAUCCGUGAUCGCAAGGAUUAAACUUUUGUCACUUAAAAACACAGCUUUAUUUUAUUUCAUAAAUAUGUCCACUCUGUAAAUAAAACAAUUAAAAUUUCUUAA